GUUCAUUUACUGGCCUGGUGUGGUCUGUGGAGGGUUAAAUGAGACAAGGUAUCUGGAAAGACCUCACAUAGCUUUCAGAGCAGGUCAGAUCAUCGAGAUUAAAGCAUGGCAGAGGACAAAAACAGUGAGCAGCUUCAGCCACCCAAGACCAUGGACUGUAAAAAAAAGAAGAAGAAGAAGAAGAAAAGGAAGAAAGCACCAGCCUCCAACACCCCUCCAAAACAUACAGAGAAACCUCAUACUGUAUCCGUGCCUCCAGAAACCUCGCCAGUGUCACUGUUAACCCCCGUGUACCCACCCCAAGGCCGACCACCGAGGCUCAAAACAGCCUCCAGGAAGGAUGGAGAACGGCUCGGCAGCAGCGGUCGGACGAGUGAGAAGAAGCCUAGCAAGGACUCACCGACAGACAGAACCAGCACGGCUCCAAAGCAGGACCGGGUGGAAGAACCGAGCCCCCGGACCAGGGAGAGUCUGAGGUGGGAGGAGGUUCUGGAGGACCCCCAGGCUGAGGAGGAGAGGCUAGAGCUGUACAGGGCCAACAGGCGGCAGCGCUAUAUGGCACACAGAGAGAUGAUGCUGAGGGAAGCCUACGCUGCUCUGAGACAGACUGUUCACAAAGAGAAAAGUGAAGAGAAGCAUCGGUGUGAGCAGGAGAAGGACUCACUGCUGCGUUUGAGCAAAGACUUGGUUAAAAAAGAAGGAAAAACAGAGCCUUACUACUUUAAAAUGCAAGUAAUGCCCUUUUAACUUCCCGCAAACCAGGUGCCAUUAACCCAUAAAGGCUCAA